UGAUACACAAACAUAUACUGAAGAUAUAUACUCUAGUAGGCGAUUAACUUGCUCAGAACUAGUUUGUACAACAUAUGCUUCGCAACUGAUCAACGUGUCGUGAUUAAAACAAUAAUUCGUUCAAAGUAUUGUUGUCGAACAGUAGAUUCACCUCGGUCCAAUUAUAAUAUAUAUUAUUAUAUUUAUAUGUAGCUAUACGACAGGCAACUAUUCAAUAAUAGAUAUUCACAUUCGAAUGCGAUUCAUAUCAGCAUGUAUAAUAAGUCUACUCCUUCUUGGGGAGACAACAGCCCAGCCAAGCCCUAUUAAAAACACACGUAGUCGUAUGGUCCAUUCGUCUGUAGAAGACACACACGUGUAUAUAAUCAAGACUGCGAAGCAACUCGCGCGGAGCCUCGAAACCCCACAGCAACGAAUUGAUACGAUAGCGGAACGUGUUAAAUAUGAAGUACUGCUGAAACUACUUACAGAAGGAAAUAUUUCCGGGCGAUCAAAUCCAGAGAUGGUGGUGACUGUGUCCCACACUAUGCCUCGGUUGGGGUUCUUCAUGCUGCGAGUGGAUGAGAAACAUUUUGACGUUGUGGAUGCAAUCUGUGAUUACAUGCUGACGGACGGUGAUGUAGAAAUGUGUGAGAGGGACUGGCCUGCUGAAUUGCAGUCAUCGAGGCCCAUUGUGAGAGAUGCCUCCGAAUGGGCAAAGUGGGGCCUGGAUCGUAUUGAUCAGGCUGAAGAAGUGAAUAAAAAUACAGACCCUGGUACAAAGGACGUGCUGGCUGUAAAUGGAGUGGGUGACGGCGUAAGGGUCUACGUGUGCGAUACGGGCAUCAGGUAUACGCACGAUGAGUUCAGUGUGAAGCCAGGGAGGAAAGCGGUGAAUGCCGAAUACGGAUUUGACACAUUUGGGGGUGACGGUUUUGACAACUAUGGCCAUGGAACGCAGGUGGCAAGCGUUGUGGGGGGGUAUGCGUACGGUGUUGCGCCGCUGGCCACCCUCGUUUCAGUCAAGGUGAUGGAUGAUGAAGGCAACGGGGACUGGAGUAAUGUGAUCGCUGGGCUGGAGUUUGUAAUGGAAGACUGUGACGGACGUAAUUGUCUGGUCUCUUUAUCUCUGGCUGCCGGGCCUUUGCCUGCAGACUACCCGCCGACGGCUACGGAGAGAGCCAUUCAGGAUCUGUACGAAGCCAAUAUACUGAGCCUGGUGGCCACAGGCAACAAUGCCGACGAAGCCUGGAAAUAUACGCCCGGCCGUAGCGAAGUAGCAUUGACGGUGGGUGGGAUAAACGAAGAUGACGACCUAGCUUCACAGUCCAAUUUCGGCCAAGGCAUUGAUAUCUAUGCACCCGGGUACAAUAUUAAGUCUGCGUGGGCGGGUGCCGAUACUAGGCUAGUAACUGGUGCUGGUAUGUGA